GGGAGGACAAAAAAGAGUGGAGGGAGACUGGAGAACGUGCGGAGGGGAGUGAAGGAGCGUCUCUCCCACGGGUCGUCACCAUCGCCAUCCAUCGAGCACCACCCACCACCCACCGGUGGUGGCCAGCGAAGCCAUGACGCUAUCCCCUCACACACUCCGCCCGCCCCUCCUCCUCCCCCUCCCGCUCCCGCCAACUUCAAACCGACGACCGCCGCCGCCUGCUUCCCGCCCCCGCCCGCUCCACCCGGCGCUCGCACGCCGCAGCCGCAGCAGCGUCCUCCUCGCCCGGCCGCCGCGCGCGGGCGCGGGCGCCGGGGACGGCGGUAUGGCGUCGCACGGCUCGCACCCCACGCUGCUCGAGCACAUGGGCCGGGCCGGCGCGCCCGCCGACCUCGCCGUCCUCGUCGCACACAUCCAGGCCGCCUGCAAGCGCAUCGCCGCGCUCGUCGCGUCCCCCGGCAACGCCGACCUCUCGCGGGCCAAGCCGGCGGCCGGUGGAACGGCUGCUUCCGCGGCAGGGCGUGACGCGCCCAAGCCGCUCGACGAAUUGUCGAACGAGAUCAUCCUGUCGUCGCUCCAAAGCUCUGGAAAAGUUGCAGUCGUGGCAUCCGAAGAAAAUGAUCUCCCCGUUUGGAUGUGCGACGACGGUCCCUACGUUGUUGUCACCGACCCGCUUGAUGGCUCUCGCAACAUUGAGGUGUCGAUCCCCACUGGAACGAUAUUCGGGAUAUACGAUAGGCUGGUGGAACUCGACCAGCUCCCUUUGGAGGAGAAAGCUCAGCUCAAUUCGCUGCAGAGUGGUUCACGCUUGGUCGCUGCUGGAUACAUCCUUUAUUCAUCUGCCACCAUCUUCUGCAUCAGUUUCGGCGAAGGAACCCAUGGAUUCACAUUGGAUAGAUCGACAGGAGAAUUUGUUUUGACGCAUCCGUCCAUGCAAAUACCCCCCAGAGGACAGAUAUAUUCAGUGAAUGAUGCGCGGUAUUUCGACUGGCCAGAGGGCCUGAAGAAGUACAUCGACACGAUCAGACAAGGCAAGGGGCAGCAUCCCAAGAAGUACUCUGCUCGGUACGUGUGCUCGCUGGUCGCUGACUUUCAUCGGACGAUCAUAUACGGUGGAGUCGCAAUGAACCCGAGGGAUCACCUUCGGUUGGUUUACGAGGCAAAUCCUCUCAGUUUCCUUGCCGAGCAGGCAGGGGGGCGAGGCUCAGAUGGCAAAACCAGAAUCCUGUCCAUUCAGCCUGUGAAGCUGCACCAGAGGCUGCCAUUGUUCCUGGGGAGCAUGGAGGACAUGCUUGAGCUAGAAAGCUACGGAGAUGUCCAGCAGAAGGUCAAUCCUGGAUACGAUGUCUAAUGUUAAGCAUGAGGUGAUAGCUUCAGGUAUUGUAAUGAGGUAACAGAUGUAUAUGGCAAAAUCUACAUUUGCAAGCACAGUAUUGUCUCUGUAUUUUAUUUUGUUGCCUUCUUGCCUAGGCAAUUGCAGAGUACUGCACGGUGGAGGUCAGAAGAAUUUGAUGUAGUUCACUGUGAAAACAAAAUAUGCAAUAUGGCUUUUUUUUU